UGGACACGACGGCGACGACGCUGGGCGUGAGCAGGAGGAUCGCUGGCACGUCGGGCCACUACUACUCGGGGAUCUCCCCACUUGGGUUUCUCGCAGGGCGCCGGAAAUCCAUCAACAGAAGCAUCAGAAGCAUCAACAUCAGCAUCAUGUUCUCUCUCUCGCACCUGGGACGCGCCAUUCAAUGGCCCACAUAAUAUCCCUCUGCAGAUGUCCCUUCCUCGUGCGCUAAUCAUCACCCAUCACUCGCAUUUCCUGCUGUUGUUGUUGCUGCUGUUGGAUCACAGGCUUUACUGGAAUGAUCCAUGAGCGUGUGAGUGGUGGUGGUACCUACAAGCGGGACAUUCGGUAACCGAGGAAUUGGUGGCAGGAAGGUGAGAAUUGCGAGAGGUGGAGAUUCGGGAGGAGAGGGGCGCAAUGGCGGAGAAAGGCGGUCUCGGAACAGUUGGGGCGCUUAGUCUGUCGGUCAUUUCCUCGGUGGCCAUCGUUAUUUGCAACAAGACGCUCAUCACUACGCUCGGUUUCUGCUUCGCUACCACAUUGACAAGCUGGCAUCUAGCGGUGACAUUCUGCUCACUUCACGUUGCACGAUCAUUGAAACUAUUUGAGCACAAGCCUUUCGACUCACGGACACUGUUUGGGUUUGCUAUACUGAACGGAAUUUCCAUCGGCUUACUAAAUUUGAGCUUAGGUUUCAACUCUGUUGGAUUUUAUCAGAUGACUAAACUUGCAAUCAUUCCAUGCACAGUGUUACUGGAAACAGUUUUCUUCAGGAAACGCUUCAGUCAGAGGAUUCAGUUUUCGAUAGCGUUAUUACUCUUUGGUGUGGGAAUCGCGACUGUCACAGACAUGCAGCUUAACUUCCUUGGUUCUGUUAUCUCUUGCUUAGCCAUUGUGACUACUUGUGUAGCACAAAUUGUAUCCUUUCCAUGCACGGAUUUUGAUACGUCUUUGGCAAAGAUGACCAACACCAUUCAGAAAAGGUUCAAAGUUUCAUCUACACAGCUUUUGUACCAAUCCUCUCCAUAUCAAGCUGCUACGCUAUUUGUAGCGGGACCCUUCCUUGAUGCUGCCUUGACCAACCGAAAUGUGUUCAGUUUUGACUAUACUUCAUAUGUUCUGUUCUUCGUCGUGCUUUCAUGUCUGAUAUCUGUAUCAGUCAACUUCAGCACGUUUUUAGUUAUUGGAAAGACAUCUGCGGUGACUUAUCAAGUGCUUGGGCACCUGAAAACGUGCCUGGUUUUGGCGUUUGGAUAUAUCCUGCUAAAGAAUCCCUUCAGCUGGCGCAAUAUCUUUGGAAUAUUGAUAGCAGUGAUCGGGAUGGGAUUGUACUCGUACGCAUGCGUGUUGGAAAGUCAACAGAAGGCUGAGGAACUUCCUAUUUCAACUUCUCAGGUUUCGAAAGAGGAUGAGUUAUCUGUGUCUUUGGACGCGGAUGAGAGCACUGAAACCGAUCCGCUUCUUGAGGAUGCUAACAUGAAAGUUGGUUCUCCUUGGGGCAACAAGACUGGUUUUGGAAAAGAUCUGCGUGCAUGACAAAUGUGCUCCAAUUCUGCAGUAGAAUACUGUUGUGAUUACAUUUCCUCAUGGGACGAACAGGGAGUUCAAAAGAUAUCAAACCCCACAGUUUGUAUUAGGAAGUUGCACAGGACGCAUCUACAUUGAUCUUGUGCUCGACCUUGCCAUUGAAAAUUGUUGUCAAAUAGGAUUAAGCACUCCUGCAACUGUUCUAAAGACCGGCAUCUAUUCCUGCUGAGUUGAAGAGGCAUGCGUACGCCACUCUUGUUAGUGCAAUAGACCCAACUUCUAGAAUCUCAACAUAUUCUUCCAUUCUUUUUGUAAAAAAACAUUUAUUCAAAGCCAUGAACUUAUGUUUUUCUACAAUGAGAUGGAUAAUAUGUGAUUUUACGAAGUUAUGGAUGUAAUGGAGUGACUUUAUUAGCAUUCUUUUUGUUAUAGGACUAGGCAUAAUAACAACGUUACAAUUAUCACAAUUUCUUGUGUCCA